GCAUUGAAUUGAAGGUCAAUAUUGUUUGCAAUGAAUAAUAGCUGACACAACAAAACACAUAAAAAAGGCUAUUCUUUGGCACCAAUUGCUUGCCAUUGACUUCGCACUGAAUAUGAGUACAAAUUGAAUGCAAUCUAAGCCGUGAUUCACAUCUUGAGGCCAACUGUGAACACAAUGAGUGUGUUAUACAUUGAUAGCUAACACCUAUCCAUAGCUAUAGUACUGAAUGUUUGUGUGAUUACAGCAUAAAGUGUAUGCGUUUUCAAUGUUUGUUGAGUUGAGUGACUCCAUAGCCAUUGCAGUGAACCAUACAUACAGUAUAGCAUUGAUUGCAAUACGCAAUACGUGUUGAGUCCACACCACCACACGAUUGUCACCAACUGAUCCACAACUGAUCCACUAUACAUACCUGAGCCAUCACCACCACAUCACCCAUACAGUCACCACGAACACCAUCACCACCACCGCGAAUGCGAACUCAUCCACCAAUUGCUGUGUAUUGUCAUUAUCACCAACGGAUCCCGAUAUCACUGCACAGACACUGAUCCACAGCCACCACCAGACACAGUGAUAAUGCCUUUAUAACAGUGUCUCGCUCUGUGUUGUCUGUGUUGACCAAUACUCACGAGGAGGACAAUGGAGUUACGAGUGGGCAAUAAGUAUCGAUUGGGCCGUAAGAUAGGUUCUGGAUCAUUUGGGGACAUAUAUCUCGGCACAAACAUCACCACAUCGGAAGAGGUGGCCAUAAAGUUGGAGUGCAUUAAGACAAAGCAUCCGCAGCUCCACAUUGAGUCCAAAUUCUACAAACUGAUGGUCGGCGGAGUGGGAAUACCAGUAAUCAAAUGGUGCGGAACCGAAGGUGAUUACAACGUAAUGGUUAUGGAGCUGUUGGGUCCGAGUCUUGAGGAUCUGUUCAACUUCUGCAGCCGAAAAUUCAGUCUUAAAACUGUAUUACUAUUAGCCGACCAAUUGAUCAGUCGCAUUGAAUACAUUCACACCAGAAAUUUCAUACACCGGGACAUCAAACCGGAUAACUUCCUCAUGGGUUUGGGAAAGAAAGGCAAUUUGGUGUAUAUUAUAGACUUUGGUUUGGCAAAGAAGUAUCGCGACAAUCGCACCCACAUUCACAUCCCAUACCGCGAGAACAAGAACCUCACGGGAACCGCCAGAUAUGCUUCCAUUAACACUCACUUAGGAAUCGAACAAAGCCGUCGCGACGACUUAGAGUCGUUGGGAUAUGUCCUGAUGUACUUCAACAGGGGGUCCCUCCCCUGGCAGGGCCUGAGGGCGGCCACCAAACGCCAGAAGUACGAGCGGAUCAGCGAGAAGAAGAUGUCGACGCCCAUUGACGAGCUGUGCCGCGGCUUCCCGGCCGAGUUCGCCACUUACCUCAACUACUGCCGCGCCCUUCGCUUCGAUGAAAAGCCUGAUUACUCUUAUUUGCGACAAUUGCUAAGAAAUCUCUUUCAUCGCCAGGGGUUUACAUACGACUACGUGUUUGACUGGAAUAUGUUGAAGUUUGGCGGAAACCGAGCCCACAGUGGUAUAGAGGGGGCGGCGGAGAAUCCGGCGCCGGGUGUGGGUCCGCAACAAGCGUCCCAACAAGUGGUCAAUAAUCACAUCCAAUCGCAUCACUCGCACGCAUUGAAUUUGACCCGAAACGGCACAACUGUGAGCGGCGGUGGCGCCGGCACUCCCGGCAGCGCCACACCCGUCACAGGCGUCCCACAGGCCGUGAAUUUCCCGCAAAGUAGUCGACGGGUUAGGAAUAAUUCAACGAAUGCUGCGAUCAAUGCAAACGUCGACAAUGGAUUACAUUCAGGCGGCGUUCAAUUACCACCUUUUGUGCCUCAUAUAAACGACCAAACCAUAGAACUUCAUGCGCACCCGUGUCUAAUACCAUCCACUUCUAGAGGCGCUCACAGAUAGGAUUAGGAUUACAAUUUUUUAGCUUAAAUUAUCUGACAUUCAACUCAACAAACAAAUAAUUAUAUAAAUUUAUGAUAAUUCUUAUUAUUAUUAUUAUUAAUUAAAUAUACAAUUUGUAUCGCAGUUAUUAUUGAUCCCCCAAACCCCCUACCCCCUCGUAUUCCCUCCGUAUAUACAUUAUAUAUAUAGACCCCUUUAACGGCCAUUCCUCGCUGUCCAGUAAUAAUCGUAU